GUCUGCGCUCGCGCACGGUUCGGUGUAGGGGAGGUAAAAUGGCGACGGGUGCCAUUUCCACUGAGUCAAAGAAAAUAUCAGAUUUAAGAGUUGUUGAUUUAAAAUCUGAGCUCAAACGAAGGAAUUUGGACACUUCCGGUAUAAAGAGCGUUCUACUUGCAAGAUUGAGACAGGCCCUUGAGGAUGAAGAUGGUGACACAGAAAAUAUUCAAAUCCAGCUUUCAGCUGACUCAUCAAAUCGGAAAGGUGGGAAAGCUAAAGGGAAAAAAGUGGAUUCUGAUGCGGACACAACGGGGGAGGAAGAUGUGCUGUCCAAGGAAACUGAAGAAUAUGAAUCUGAAAAAGAUGUAACUGAUACAGAUGAUGGUACUCGUGAAAAGUCUAAGCCUGCACCCUGUGAGGACAGCCUUGCUCAGCCUGAGGCUGAGGAACUGGCUGAGGCUGAACCGGAGUCAGAAGCUGUGGCGGCUGAGACAGAUUCAGAGCCUGAGCCAGAGGUGGAUGCUGAGUCUGAGGCCGACCCAGAGGUGGAUGAGGAUGCUGACCCAGAGGUGGAUGCUGAGUCUGAGGCCGACCCAGAGGAGGCGGAUGAGGACGCCGACCCAGAGGUGGAUGAGGAUGCCGACCCAGACACGGAUGGGGAGGCGGAGCCAGAGCUUAAGACCAAACUGGCUGAGAUGGAUGAUGAAGCCAUGAAUUCCUCUAAAGAAGCUGAGGACGAUCACCUCUCCGUCUCAAUCCCAAAUGAUGACGCCAUCACCCUAGAUGUUGAUGGUGAUGACCUCCUGGAAACAGGUAAACAUGUGAAACUUCCAGAGGCCGAGAAGGGCACUGAUGAGCCAGAGGCCUCUGCUGAGACGGUCCGAGAUGAUGACAUGAUGGUGGAAGAGAGCGAGGGCCACAAAGAUGGUAAGAAAGAUGAUGGGUCCCGGAGUGAUCCCAUGAAGAAAGAUGGCAGAGAGGGCCUGAAGAAAGCUGAAAUGGGAGACAAAGAAAAGGAUUCUGGGAAGAAAGGCCCCUCCGCUACUGGGGCGUCAGGUCAAGCAAAGAGCUCUUCAAGAGACAGAGAUGGAAAAGCUGCAAAAGAUGAAAAGGGAGUCGUCAGCUGUAGCAGCAACAGCAGCUCUUCUCGUAACAUAUGGGUGAGCGGCCUGUCUUCAAACACCAAAGCAGCUGUCCUAAAGAACCUGUUUGGCAAAUAUGGAAAGGUUUUGAGUGCCAAGGUGGUUACAAAUGCUCGCAGUCCUGGUUCAAAGUGCUACGGCUUGGUGACCAUGUCUUCAAGUACAGAGGUGACGCGGUGCGUCUCCCACCUCGACUGUACAGAGCUCCACGGACAGCAGAUAUAUGUGGAAAGGGCCAAAAAUGAUCCGUUCAAGAAAGAGGGCUCAAAGAAGGAAGCCGAGGACAAAGCAAGUUCCACCAAAUCCAGUGAUAAGCGCAGUUCUACAGGGAUAAAACUGCCCAACAAAGCACCGCCAUCUUACAAAAAAGAGGAUAAGAAGUUUGAUAAACUCUCAGAAAAGGACAAAGAUUUGUCCAAGAAACAGGACGCAAGAAGUGGAAAAUCUGAGUCCGUUUCAUGUAACUUGGGGCAAGAUUCUUUGAAGAAAGAUGACCGAAAGCAUGGACGCAUGAAGAGCCCAGGCAAGAUGGUCGUUUUACAUCAUCCCAAAGGAGACAAUAAUUUUGGCAAAAUGAGACCUUUUAGAAGGGGACGGUAUUUUGAUAAACCCUUUGUCCCAGCGCACAUGAACAUUCAACGGAGGCCAAAAUGGUUGAUUCCUCCUGAAGAGUUGGAUAUGAUGAGAUUCAAACAGCGACCUUUUAUGAACAAGGGGGAAGAACAUGACAUCCUGCCGUUUGAAAAGAUGAAGGAGCAAAGGAUGCGUGAACGGGUGGCUCGAGUUGACCGCGUUCGCAGAGCCGUAGAGUUGCGCAGGCGGCGUGAAAUUGCCGAACAAGAACGCAGGGAGCGUGAGUGCGUCCGUCUGUUACGAGAGCGUGAAGAACGGGAGAACCUGCUCCGGGAGCGCCAGAGACUUGAGAUGGAAAGGCAAAAACUGGAGAGGGAGCGCUUGGAGAGGGAGAGGCUUGAGAGAGAGAGAAUCCGUAUAGAGCAGGAACGGCGUAAAGAGGCGGAACGUAUGGUUCGUGAACGUGAGGAGCUGCGAAGGCAGCAGGAGCAGCUCCGUUAUGAGCAAGAAAAGAGAAACAACCUCAAAAGGGGCCGUGAGGUGGAACACGGGCGGAGGGACGAUUCUUAUUGGAACGGCAACAAGAAGAUGCAGUCUGAGUCUGAUGUCCGUCUGAACCAAGGCUCCAACUACAACCGACAACAGAACCGCUUUUCAAACUUCACUCCCAGAGAGAGGGGUCGCUUUCCAGAGGCUGCUGCCGAGCAGCCCAACACGUAUGACAGACGUAACCGGUUUGACGGUGAGCCGGAGGUAAAGAAGAGUCGCCCUGCUCCUCACAGAGAGAGCUCUGGCUUUGAGCGCUACCCGAAGAGCUUUGAAACGGUUCGCAGAGCUGAGCCGCCGCCUCCUCCACGUGCCGAACUCCGGGAUACCGACCGCAGGGACCGAGAUGAGAGGCGGCCUGUGCCCAUGCAUGAUCGCCCUAUGGGAGCCAGAGCUGCAAUGCCUGCCAUGUCGCACAACCGCUCACCCAGGGAUGGAGGGCAUGGAUGGAAGAACGAUGGUGGCAUGAACUCCAACAAGGGAGACAUACGUAAUGCUGGGUUGACCAGAGGACCCAUGCGCAUGCGUGCAGAGCGAUCAGGCAGAGAUGGUCCAGGCCCAGUACUUAGAGGAGGCACCUCGGCCAACCGUGGGAGGAGCAGCUUUAAUGAUCGAGACGGAGGGAGACCCAUUGUGAUGAGUAAUCAGCCAUUCAGCUCUGGCCGCCAGGUCGUGGUGGAGCGUCACAGCCGGGACCAGGGCCUGAGGAAGGAGUGGCACGGUGGAUCAAGCUCCCAGGGGGGGGGCUUCCCUGAUAAUCGCAGAAUGGGAGACAGCCGGAGCAGCAUGAUGGCUCCUUCGAGUCACUCUUCGUCUGGAAUGAACCGUAUUGUACAGAUCACCAACAGCUCCAUCCCCAGUGGUGGCAACGCGGGGGGAUUCAAGCCCUUCAAAGGAACGCCGCGGCAGUUUUAGCUGCAUCCAAAUUCUGCCACUUUAAAGCACCCACAAAUUUAAAGAUUUUUCUGAACUCUCUUUUUUAGAAUAUCAAGUGUUUUUGUUUGUAGCCACGAGGUUGAUAACACUAUUUUAUUUUGUAUAGACAAGUGUUUACCUUGAUGUAAGGUUUUCCUGACAGUUCUGCUGUUACCAUUAAACGGCCCACAUUUAGGAAGAUAUUGUACAGCCCCGGGUCUUUGUAACAAGUUUUCAAGUGAUGUUAUGAACCUCUCCUGAGUGUUGUAUGUAUAUUUUCAAUAGCAUAGUGUCGCACUCAGCAGUCCUGUGUGAUGUCUUAUUUUAGUGUAUUAGAGUGCAUUAAAUGUCAGGGUUCAUUUACUCAUUUGGAUUUUUUCUCUGUGAGGAAACAGAUGACAGUAUAUAUAUAUAUUUUUUUUUUUUUUUUUUUUAAAGUUAUACUUGUAGAUGUCAUGUUUUGUAAAAAGUAGUUGGAUUUGCGAUGUCAAACUGUAAACUAGCCUGCAUUGCAACAAAACUCUACAGGCCGUGAGUUGAGUUGCAUACAGGCCUGUCUGAAAUAAAAUUUGACAUUAAAAUCUGUUACUACCGAGCAUUCAAUAGUGGUAGAGACCUGAAAGGACCAUCACACUUUAUUUGCUCAUUGUUAUUCCAAGGAUUCUGUUUAAAUGUUGAUUUCUGGCAGUUUGGUUUUCUCAGUCAGUUCACA